CCCGGCGCCAGGUGUGCCCGGGUGCGCGGCCGAGGCGGCCGGCACCCCGCGCCAUGCGCGUUACUCUGCUGCCGGCGAGGACACUGAGGCGCGCGGAGAUGAAGCGCCUUCCCGGGAGUUCCACAGCUCGUGAGUAGCAGCCGCUCGCUUCUGCCCCCGACGAGGACACUCGGCACUGGCCUGGAGAGUGCGUGUUUACCUAUUGGUGGAGCCGCCGGCCGGUUCUGCGGAUCAGAUUUCUGUGUUAUUUUGAGCCAGUUCCUGCCCACACUGUUGCCUGAAGACCACCUUUCAGGAGUCUCGGGACUUGGUCGUCUCUACUCUGGGGUCCAGCCCUCGUGCUGAUUGCUUUGUCCAUCAGCAGAGGCUCCAGCGGGCCUACCCGGGCCUGAAAGCAACCCCCCGAGAGAAGAGCCAUUCCAGAACCUUCCGAACCUGCUUCCUUCUGAGCGAGAUAAAUUCUUAAUGCUUAAGGCGGUAGAAAGAAAGGAGAAUUCUUGCUGAAUUCUUGCUGGAAGAGGCGGUGACAUGGUCCAAAAAAUUUCAGAUGGUUUGGGUCACAGGAGGUGCGUAUCGCUGGAAGUUGGUCCCAUAAAAGCAGAUAGGUUUGGGGGGCUGCAGCCCUUAUGACCACUGGACUUGGGAGAACAAUGACUGGAUAGGAUGCAGUAUGGUUGUAGCAGUAAAGUGCUCCAAGUAGCUGAAGCAUGAGGUAGGAAGGAGGAAGAGAGGAAAGGACUUGCCACACCAUGGUGCAGGAGUCCUCGGUGGGAGCCUGAGCAAGGGAAUGGCUCGCAGCCUCUCUGAAAUCUGUUGGAGGGUUUGCCUUCCAGCUCGUCCUUCAAGACCAGGAAUAAGAGCUCCUCUGUCCCCGCUCUGUAGCAGCAGCUGCUGAAGGCAGCCUCACAGAUUCUCGGAGCAUCUGCUUUACAGCACUGACAGAAGCUUUGUAAGAAAAGACACGCAAGUCCUAGCUGUGCCGUUUUACAGUGUGGGACCAAACUCUCAGAGAGCUGGAAUCCCAGCAUGUGACUUGGACAUUCUCUUUCGGUCGGAGGGAGGACAGCCGAGGACGCUGGAUCUUCAGGCCCUGAAGAGGGAAGUGAGCGGAAAAUACUGUCUGGAUAGGGAGCUGUGAACUGAGCCAAAGCAGCAACACCAAUCAGGCUAUUUCUGAAGAACCAGAGUUUUCAGGGUCAGCCAUGGAAAGUCUCAGAGGGAGUACUGCCCAAGGUCCUACGAAUGAAGAGGCCUAUAAAGGUGAGGGCCGGUUAUCGAGGCAGACAAAAUGUCCUGCCCGGAAGACAUCUUUUGCGAAAACAUCGAUCAGGAACGUGUCGAUGACCCUUAAGGAAAUUUUUACUAGGGAGAGAGUUCCUGAAUCUAGAGAAUUUAGUCUAAGCUCUAAAGUUAAUACACAGCAGAACAUUCCAAAGGGAGCUAGAUACCCCAUAUCUAGGAAAAACUCCAAAGAUAAUUUGGACUUCAUUAAACACCAAAAAAUCUUCCCACAAAAGAAACCUUGUAAACGCAAUGAAUGUGGGAAAGCCUUCAGUUACCAAUCAGACCUUAUUGUCCACAGGAGAACUCAUGGUGGAGAAAAGCCUUUUGAAUGCAAUGAAUGUGGAAAGACUUUUAGCCGAAGUACACAUCUUAUCGAGCAUCAGAGAACUCACACUGGAGAGAAGCCGUACGAAUGCGGCGAGUGCGGAAAAGCUUUCAGCCGGAGCACUCACCUGAGCCUGCACCAGAGGGUCCACACGGGAGAGAAGCCCUAUGAGUGCGGCGAGUGCGGGAAAGCCUUCAGCCGGAGCACGAACCUCAGCCAGCACCAGCGGACUCACACUCAGGAGAAACCUUACCAGUGCACCGAGUGUGGGAAAGCCUUCAGCGACCGCUCGACCAUAAUUCAGCACCAACGAAUACACACCGGCGAGAAUCCCUAUGAGUGCAGUGAAUGCGGGAAGGCUUUCAGCUGGGUCUCCUCCCUCGUCGAGCACCAGAGAACACACACGGGCGAGAAGCCCUACGAAUGCAGCGACUGUGGGAAAGUGUUCAGUCGCAGCUCUUCCCUCGCCGAGCAUCAGAGGACCCACACCGGGGAGAAGCCCCACGAGUGCGGAGAAUGUGGGAAGGGCUUCGGGCGGAGCUCAUCGCUUAUCGUUCACCAGAGAACUCACACCGGAGAGAAGCCGUACAAGUGUAACGACUGUGGGAAAGCCUUCAGCCAGAGUUCAACCCUCGUCCGACACCAGCGACUUCACGCUAAAGAGUAACAGUCGAGCGUUUUCCUUCAUGUGCGCGUCAGAGCACACAGCACUCCGUCCUGUUGCUGCAAGGAGAAACAUUCCUCUGUGGAGUUUUCUUCCUAUAGCUAGCUGUAAGCCACGGUCAAGGUAGCCUGCCUUCCGUUUUGUAAACUAGAUGCUGCAGUGAGUGAUCGGUACAAGGGGGUGAGUCUAGGAACCACACAUACUCCCUCUCCUCCCCGGAAGGACUCCCCUUAGAGUGUAGACCUGUCACCUUGCAUCUGCUCACCCGUCUCUUCCCUGGGGCUCCGAUCCCUGCGCAGUCAGUGGACCAUGUUUCCCGACCACAGAAGCCCCUUUACUUCGAGAGGAGGUCCUGAGUGACAGAGUGUCGGUGUGUGUGAGUGUGACGCGGGCUCCAGUACCAGAAGACAAGGAGCUGGCUUCAGAGCAGGACAGAAAUCUUCCCACCAGUUUGCUGAUAAUGGUGUUGAGGCAAAUCCAGUUUCUGAUUUUAUACGAACAGAUUUUUCUGUUAAACCUUUUUGGUUGUAGCAUGUUUUCCUCAAAGUAUAAACCAUGUGCCUAACUAAUCCUAGUAUUUUUUUAUAUUAUCCUCAUCAAGAAUGACCUAAAACUUAUAUUGAGUUCUUCUAUGAUUAAAAAAAAAUUGCUUCCCUAGUUUUUAAUUUUCUUCUGUUGGAAGGUUCAUGAAACUUACACCCUCUGGCCCUA